AUGAAUUAUUAUUGUAAAACAAAAAUAAUAAUAAAAGUUCUUGGGGCCGGUCAAACAGUUGGUAGAUCAUGCGUUAUAGUAGAAUUAGAAAAUAGAAAAGUUAUGUUUGAUUGUGGUUGUCAUUUAGGUUAUAAGGAUGAGAGAAAAUACCCAAACUUUAAUUUAUUAGUGAGUGAUAAUAAAUAUGAAAAAAAAGUUGAGGAAGGAAAUUAUUACGAAAAUUUAAAUAGUGAGGUAAAUAUAAGUAUAGUAAAUAGUAGUAUAUUAGACAAAGAAAAGUUAAUAAGUAAAUUAAAAAAAAUAAAUGAAAUAAUUGAUUGUGUAAUUAUAAGUCAUUUUCAUAUGGAUCAUAUAGGAGCAUUACCUUUUUUUACUGAAAUAUUAAAAUAUAGAGGAACCAUAAUUAUGAGUUAUCCUACUAAAGCACUAAGUCCAAUUUUAUUGUUAGAUAGCUGUAGAGUCGCAGAUAUGAAAUGGGAAAAAAAAAAUUUUGAAAGGCAAAUAAAAAUGCUUAAUGAAAAAUCAGAUGAAUUAUUAAAUUAUAAUAUAAAUUGUUUAAAAAAGGAUCCAUGGAAUAUUAACGAAGAUAAUAUAUACAAUUGUAUUAAUAAAGUUGUAGGAUUGCAAAUUAACGAGACUUAUGAGUUAGGGAAUAUGUCAAUUACUCCUUACUAUGCAGGACAUGUUUUAGGGGCCUGUAUAUUUAAAAUUGAAGUAAAUAAUUUCAGUGUUAUAUAUACAGGAGAUUAUAAUACAGUUCCUGAUAAGCAUUUAGGAAGUGCAAAAAUACCAUCCUUAUCCCCUGAGAUUUUUAUAUCUGAAUCUACAUAUGCUACUUAUAUUAGGCCAACUCGAAAAUCAUCAGAAUUAGAAUUAUGUAAUUUAGUUCAUGAAUGUGUUAACAAAGGAGGUAAAGUUUUAAUUCCAGUGUUUGCUAUAGGUAGAGCUCAAGAAUUAUCUAUAUUGCUAGAUGAUUAUUGGAAGAAAAUGAAAAUUAAUUAUCCUAUAUAUUUUGGAUGUGGUUUAACAGAAAAUGCAAAUAAAUAUUACAAAAUAUAUUCCUCCUGGAUAAAUAGUAGUUGUAUAUCUACAAAAAAAAAAAAUUUGUUUGAUUUUACAAACAUAUUUCCAUUUAUGAAUAACUAUUUAAAUGAAAAUAGACCUAUGGUUUUAUUUGCUACUCCAGGAAUGUUGCAUACAGGAUUAUCAUUAAAAGCUUUUAAAUCAUGGGCAAGUAAUUCAAAAAAUUUAAUAAUAUUACCUGGUUAUUGUGUACAGGGUACUGUUGGACAUAAAUUAAUAAUGGGAGAAAGAAAAAUUUCAGUGGAUGCAAAUACAGUUAUUAAGGUGUCAUGUAAAAUUAUUUAUUUAUCUUUUUCUGCUCAUGCAGAUUCUAAUGGUAUACAACAACUCAUAAAACAUGUUUCACCACAAAAUGUUAUUUUUGUUCAUGGAGAAAAAAAUGGAAUGGAAAAGUUAUCUAAACAUAUUACUAAUCAACACUUCAUUAAUUCUAUGUGUCCUUCUCUUGGGCAAAAAUGUGAAUUUAAUUUUUAUAAGGAAAAUGUAAACUUUGUUUAUUUACACCAUAAUUUAUAUAAAAAAAUACUCCAAAGUUUAAAAAUCAACAAAGAAGAAAGUAGUAAUUUAUUAAAAGAUAUGAAUAUUUUAGAUAAAGAAGAUUUCAAAUUAUCAUCAUAUAAUGAUAAUAUAACAGUUCCCUUUAAUUCUUAUAUUUUUCAUUGCACAAUUCAUCAAAAACCUUUCCUUUUCUUUUUUUCAAAAAAAGCAUUAAUAUCUUAUUUGAAAAAAAGGUUUUUUCCGAUUUUUCUUUGCCAUAAAAACCAAGUAAUUAAUAUAAAAAAUUUGUUUAAUCAAAAUGAAAAAGAAAAUUUUCUUAAAAAACUAAAACAGAAGAAAAGGAAAAGAAAAAGUACAAAUAUGAAAGAUAUAAAAGUGUGUAAAGUUAAGAAAAACAACGAUAAAUCUACUGAUGUGGAAACACAUUCAUUAGGAAAUGAUAAAAAUAACAACUCUACAAGUAAUAUUAAUAAUACAAGUAUCAAUUCUCAAAAUUUUAAAAGUGAUAUGCAAUUAAAAAAUUCCAUAAGUAGUCAUAGCGAAAACACAUUUGCUCCACCUACCUAUUCAUAUAAAAGUGAAUAUGAAGAAACCUUAGAAAAGCAAAAAAAAUUAGAAAAAAAUGAUUUUGAGUUAAAUAAUAAGAAUUCAAUAAAAGAGGAAAUAAUGAAAAAAAACAUAAAAUUGGCUAGCAACUAUUUAAAUUCUUCUUACAAAAAUCCAUCUUCAUCUAAUAAAGAAAAAAAUACAUCUAAAAUGUUUCCAGAUAAUAAUGCUUCAUUGAAUAUUUCAAGUAACAGUAUUUCCUUAGAUGGUAAUAAAAAUAAUUUAAGCGAUUGUUCUAAUAAUGAUAAUGAAAGUACUAGAAAUAAGAAAAUAAGCAAUAAUCAUAAGGAAAAUAAAAAUAAAAACGAUAAUGAUGAUAGUAUUAACAGUAACAAUGAAGAAGAGGAUGAACAUGUGAGGAUCACUGAUGAAUAUGAUAAUAUAUUUGAUAAGGAUGAUUUUAAUGAAUCAAAAGAUAAUUUUAAUUUUGUUCACAAUGAAGACAAAAUAACUUUUCCUUUACUUAAUUUAAGAUUCAAAGAAAAUAUAAAUAUAAAAUAUCAAAGCUUUUACAACUUUGUUAUAACAUUUUUCCAAGAAAGUAUGAAUGCUAAAAAUAAAAAAAAGAUUAACUUUUUGGGGAAAAGAGUUAUUAUUAAAAAUACAAAACAUAAUGAUAAUUUUUAUUUUUUUUUAUCUUUUCAUUCAUUAAGAGCUAUUCAUGAUGGGAAUAAUUCGUUACUAAUUCAGUGGUCAUAUAUAGAUGAUUCACCUGAUUCAGUUACUCACAAAUUUAUAAAUUCGAUUCACAAAUUUAUUGAAGAUACUUAA